AUGUUUUCUUCAGCUCAGGUUUUUGAUUUUUCAAUUACACUUAUAUUCCCGCCCAUCCAUAUCUCUUUCUCUUUCUCUCUCUCUCUCUCUCUUAUCUUUUGACCAAUAGAGCUUUCUCUUUCUCGCACUAAUUAUAUCAAAUCCACCUCUCUCUCUCUUUCUCUCUCUCCUAUGCCCGACUUUUUUUGCCUGUGACCUCUCAGAAAGCAGCCUGAUCUCAUCGUUUUAUCCAAAUUGAAGAAACCUAGCGAGACGACUCCAUCAUCAUGAACCAUUUUCACAUCUAUGAAGCCAUUGGCCGUGGAAAAUGCUCGACUGUAUAUAAAGGGAGAAAGAAGAAGUCUAUUGAGUAUUUCGCGAUUAAGAGUGUUGACAAGUCUCAAAAGAGCAAAGUUCUUCAAGAAGUCAGGAUUCUUCAUUCUUUAGAUAAUCCAAAUGUAUUAAGAUUUUACUCAUGGUACGAAACUUCUGCUCACUUGUGGUUAGUUUUGGAGUAUUGCGUUGGUGGAGAUCUCAUGACCUUAUUACGGCAGGACAGCCAAUUACCUGAAGACUCAAUUCACGAUCUUGCUCGUGAUUUAGUUAGAGCAUUGCAGUUUCUACACUCAAAGGGGAUCAUUUACUGUGAUUUAAAACCAUCAAACAUUCUCUUGGAUGAGAACGGACGUACUAAGCUAUGUGAUUUUGGAUUGGCAAGAAAACUGAGUGAAAUAUCUAAAACUCCUUCUUCAAUGUUGCCCCAAGCAAAACGUGGAACGCCCAGUUAUAUGGCUCCUGAGCUGUUUGAGGAUGGAGGUGUACAUUCAUAUGCAUCUGAUUUCUGGGCCCUAGGUUGUGUACUGUAUGAGUGCUACUCAGGGAGGCCCCCCUUCGUGGGCAGAGAGUUCACUCAGCUGGUGAAAUCUAUCCUCUCAGAUCCAACACCACCCCUUCCUGGCAAUCCAAGCCGUCCUUUUGCUAACCUAAUAAAUUCUCUCCUGGUGAAAGAUCCAGCUGAAAGAAUACAGUGGAAUGAACUUUGUGGACAUGCUUUCUGGAGAUCCAAAUUUGCUCCCAUUCCCUUACCUCCUCAGCCUGCUUUUGAUAAUAUGGUAGAACUAUACUUUAAGCCAUGUCUCUCAGAACUUAAUGGAGACAGAUCAUUACAAAACAAAACCCCUCCUAAACAUCGUGAAAAAGAUGCAAAAGGGACUCCAAAACAUGAUAAGAAUUUUACAUUAGGAUCCAGAGGGCAUGAGACACCAAUAAAGAGCAUGCCAAGUAGCAGAAAAAUUCAAUCAAAGGCCUCUGGCAGAAUGGCUGAGGAGAAACAGAGAGAUCCUUCUGGUGCUAACAGGGGUGUUAAUCUUCUAAGGCUGUCAAGAAUCGCAAAAUCAAACUUACAGAAGGAGAAUGAGAAGGAAAACUACAGAAGGCCCAUGCCUAACAGCUCUGAAAAUGAUUCUGAGGUUAAAAUUGAGAACACCGAUAUGGAACUGGAUUUCAAUGAGAACGCAGAUGAUGAUACACAUGAUGAACUUGAUGGAUCUGAAACCCCUACUAAUACACCUGAAGAGGGGGAUAAUAACAUACAUCAAUUGGAAACCUCACCUGCGGUUAACACUCCUGCCUUGGAUGAAUCAAGAACAAAUGAUCAGGAAUUGUCUUCUGAGCAAGUUGACAUGGCUGCUACGCCAAUCAGUGCCAGUCCUCAGGUCAAAGCUCAGAGAACUAGAGAAGGUUUAGGUUCAGCCAGUGACUUUGAUUCUUCAAAAUCAUCCAAUAACCUUUCAGAGGUCCUUUGGCAUCCAUCUGAUCUUUCAGUCAGGCCUGUGAUGCCUAGUAGAAAAGCUGAUAAAGCAUCAGAGGUGAUUCCUUCUCUUCCAUUCGAGGCCCUGCAACCAUCUGAUUUUGUGAAGAUGUCUAAGGAGCAGCUGGAUGCAGUCAACAAUAGAAUUAUAUCUAUUCUUAAUGGAAACACUAACGUAGGGGAGAAGCAGAACGUGAUUAGAUACCUUGAGAUGUUGAGCAGUAAUGCUGAUGCAGCCAAUAUCCUGACAAAUGGGCCAAUAAUGCUCAUACUAGUUAAAAUGCUCCGACUAUCCAAGGCUUCAGCUUUGCGUGUUCAACUUGCUUCACUAAUUGGCUUGUUGAUUCGUCAUUCUACUUUUAUUGAAGAUGAUUUGGCAAAUUCUGGAAUUUUAGGAUCACUUACUGAUGGCCUCAGGGACAAGCUGGAAAAAGUUAGACGAUUUUCGAUGGCUGCUUUAGGUGAGUUACUGUUUUAUAUUUCCACCCAGAAUGAGCAGAGUAGGGAAAAUAAUCCACCAGAAUCUCCAUCAAAAGAUAGCCGUUCUGCAUUUGGUUGGCAGGUUCCAAACUCUUUGAUUUCACUGGUCUCAUCUGUCUUACGGAAAGGAGAAGAUGAUAUAACUCAACUUUAUGCACUAAGGACAAUUGAGAACAUAUGCAGUCAAGGAGGGAAUUGGGCAGCUCGUUUCACCAGCUCAGAUUUGAUCAGUAACCUGUGCUAUAUAUAUAGAGCAACAGGGAAACAGGAGAGCAUGAGGCUUACUGCAGGAUCAUGUUUAGUCCGCUUGGCUCGGUUCAACCCCCCUUCUAUUCAACCAGUUAUAGAAAAACUCUCUUUCAAAGAUCUAGCAUCUACCCUUGUUAAGGGCAGUUCACGUGAGCAGCAAAUAAGUUUGAACCUCUUAAACAUCGCCAUGCUUGGAAGCCAUAUGUUUACUAAUAUUGGGCGACACCUUUUACCUUUGGGUGAGGAUAAGAAUCUGGUUCCAAGCCUUUUGUCUCUCACUGAGCAGGGUAGUGAAAUUUUGAGGGGAAAGGCACUUCUUUUCAUGGCUCUUCUUUGCAAAAAUGGUAGGAGAUGGCUGCCACACUUUUUCUGCAAUCCGAGAUUACUUUCUGCAGUGGACAGGUUGGCAAAAGAGAAGGACAGCUAUUUGCAGCAGGUUUUAGAUGCAUUUGUGCGCAUUGUGGCAUCUACUAUACCAAGCUUACUGGAUAUCAUAACUGCAGAUAUUCAGCAAAUGAUGGGAGGAAGGCGUCAUGGCCAAAUAUCUGGUAUUACCAACCGGAUUGCUCCAAAGACCAAUAUUCAUUUGUUUCCUGUGGUUCUUCAUCUUCUUGGAAGCUCCUCUUUUAAGCGCAGGGUGGUGAAUAAUCAAGUGCUGCAGCAACUGUCAAAUUUGGUAAAGGUUGUGGAGACACCAUUUCAGGGCAGAGAUGACUUCCAGAUAACCCUUCUUCGAGUUCUUGAAUCUGUUGCAGAGGAAUCUUCUUUGAUUCUUGAAAGCCCUGACAUCUUUACUAGUGAAAUCCUACCAAGUCUAGCUGUUCUGUACAAGGGAAAUAAGGAUGGUGAUGCUAGAUUUUUAUGCCUGAAAAUACUGUUUGAUGUGAUGGUCAUCUUCUUGGAUGAACCUGUUGAGGAUGAGCAAAGAUCACUGGCUUUGAAUUCAAUAUCCAAUGUUCAUUUCCUGCCGCUCUACCCCACACUGAUUGAAGAUGAAGAUCCUAUUCCUAUGUAUGCACAGAAGCUUCUUGUCAUGCUCAUUGAGUUUGAUUACAUUAAAAUUUCAGACAUUUUACAUCUGAAGACAGUUUCGCAGUGCUUUGAGUUUUUGCUCGGUGAUUUGUCAAGUGCAAAUGUAAACAAUGUUAAGCUAUGUCUUGCUUUGGCAUCUGCGCCAGAAAUGGAUCACAAAUUACUUUCCCAGUUAAAAGUAGUUAGGAGAGUUGGAAAUCUUUUGGAAUUUGUGUAUGCAAAAGAUAUGGAAGAUUUUCUAGAGCCAACCCUUGGCCUGUGUAGGGCUUUCCUUCUAUGUUCCGUAGGCAGUAAAAGAGGAUUAGCAUACAGACAAGAACCAGCACUCUUAAAUGAUGUUGCUUCUGAGGCAUAUGGUGCUGAACAGCAACAUUGUGUAAGGGAUAUAAUGGACUUCGGUAGCAACCUAGGAGUCUUGCUGGAUCUGAGCAGGUUAUCUGAAUCAAAUCUUGCAGAUAUAGCUUCUGAAUGUGUGAUAUUGUUGCUCAAGGUAGCUCCAAGGGAAGCUACAACUGGUUUUCUAACUAACCUUCCAAAAGUUAGUGCAAUCCUUGAGUCUUGGAGCAAGGGUGCGCCUCACUUGCUUUUGCGGCGGAUGCUGCAUGCUCUUGGUUAUUCGUGCAGGCAGUAUUUGUCACAUGCAAUGAUUUUAUCAAUAUCUGUACCUGAGGUUUCAAGAAUUGAAGCCAUUGUUUUGGAACUGAAAAAUUCGAGCAUCACUGAUUUAGCCAAUGCUGCUUUGAUCGUGGCCUCAGAAUUGCACCGGUUGCCUCGCUGCAUUUGAGGCCCUGGAGAUACAUUUAAGUUAGCUUAUCAAAGGGAUCAAAGGGUAGAAAGACAUAUCCUGAACUCUGGGUAAGGGGUCAAUCCCUUGUACAGAGCCUUCUUAUGGGCUUAUUUUUUUAUAAUCUUUGUACGCUUUGUAUUAUCAUAAACACUCAAUUGAAGUAAUUUUUUCACCGCAUAAUUUGCUUGAAACUUUAAAGUGAUUAAAAUAGAGUAUAUUAUCAUUUAUCAA